AUGAAGAACGUGUCGUGGCUUUCGACUGUCGUCGUUGCCGUCGUGUGCUGCGGCGCCCCAAGGGAUCCAAUUGGGGACAAGCAACCCGCCGCAGGGGGGAGCAUUGGCGCGCAGUUCUUUGCCGAUUCGUUCCCAGUUAUGUCGCCGCACCCCUCCUUCACGUCGCGGAAAUGCUUGCUGUCUCGUCUUCGCUUGAAGGUGAAGGAAGGCCUGGAACCUGGGCGGAAAUACACCGGGGUCCCGAUUGAAGGGACCGGGCGUCGACGGACCUGUACGCCAGUUGGGUGUAUGUAUGCGAACGUCGAGCUGCGUUGUCCCCGUCCCUUUGAGGAGCCCGUGCUGCGAUGCGCUCGGCUGGGGGAUUUUGAGCACGAGGCAGACCUGGCGGGCGCAUCUUAUCGCUGGGCCGAGGCCUUCAGCACAGUCCGCUGCCUGGCGUCGCGCGACGAGGCCUCUGCAUGCUUCCAGGUCGACAUCGGAGACCCGGAGAGGCGGCGCUGCUGCAACCGGUAA